GCCAAGCACACAGCAAAUCACAGUCAAGCCUCAAAGGAAGCCAGGGAUGGUUAAAGGACUUAUUUUAGCAGGACUCCUGGUCCUGCUCUGUAAUGAGCUAGCUGUACAGGCUCACGUUUUGAGUAGGCACAACUCGGCCAACAGCAUCAGCAAGAUCAAGUACUUGCUCCAGCAGCUUGAAGAAGCCUUGGUAGCCGAAGAGGACACAGAAGGUGCUGUGGAUUAUGAGGACAGGAACAUAGCACUAAGUCAAAGCCAAGCGUCUCCAGGCAAGGAGGACCAGGCUGCUGCUCCAAAUGAGGACAGCAACACUGAUGAGGGACUCGAGAUGCAGAGGAAGCACCUCAUGGAUCUCCUGCUGUCCACAAGGAGCAAGAGCUUCUCUGGCUGCUUUGGUGGAAGGUUGGACCGCAUCGGCUCCUCCAGCAGCCUCGGCUGCAACUCCAUGAAAGGUUAAAACUUCUGUCAAGAAGACUGGAGAGACUGGAUCCGUUUGAAGUUCAUGAGGACAGCAUGCACAAAUGUAACAGUCCUUCAAAAAACCAUGUUGAAAACCUGUUGAACUGGGCAAGCGUAAAUUUAGGGGAUUGAUGUAAACAUGUGAAUGUAAUUCAAUGAUUAAUAGUUCUAAUUUUCCGCCUUAUUUGAUUGAUUUAAAUCUGAGCACAGCUUGUGUCUGAAGAUCCAUUUAUCAACAUGUAGAACUGAGGGCUAGAGGAUGCAUCAUUGAGUUUCUUUUCAUAGAGAAGAGUAAUAUAAUUUCGUCUGUGUAUUCACAUUGUACUUAUCUGGUGACUUCUUGCUCUACUGAGGUCACAGUUUAUUUAUCCAGAACAUUCUUCUGUUUCGACUGUUCUCUUUGUAAUGCACAUCAUAAUCUACUUGUAUGUACGUUUUCUCUUUCCAGUCAGAUCAAAAUGACUAUUGUCUGUGUGAAUAAAUAAAUAAAUACUUUCUAUUGUCUCAAUGUGAAUAAACCUUUGGGAUGAACAAG